GGGGACCGCGCUGCGCGGGUGCACGGUCCCGGCCCGGUACCGGAGCGCGGGGCCCGGACAUGGCGGCGGGCGGCGGUUGGCGCUGAGGGGACGCGGCCGCGGCCAUGGAGGGCGGCGGGAAGCCGGGGCUGCAGGUCGUGUACCAGGCCGUGCAGGCGCUCUACCACGACCCCGACCCCAGCGGCAAGGAGCGGGCGAGCUGCUGGCUGGGAGAGCUCCAGCGAUCGGUCCACGCUUGGGAGAUCUCUGACCAGCUGCUGCAGAUCCAUCAGGAUGUGGAAUCCUGCUACUUCGCGGCACAGACCAUGAAGAUGAAGAUCCAGACUUCCUUCUAUGAACUCCCCACGGAUUCCCACGCUUCCCUACGGGACUCACUGCUGUCCCACAUCCAGAAUUUGAAAGACCUGUCACCGGUCAUCGUAACCCAGCUUGCUUUAGCAAUAGCAGACCUUGCCCUGCAGAUGGCUUCUUGGAAAGGCUGCGUACAAACACUGGUGGAAAAGUACAGCAAUGAUGUCACAUCCCUCCCCUUCCUGCUGGAGAUCCUCACGGUGCUGCCGGAGGAGGUGCACAGCCGGUCCCUGCGCAUCGGAGCCAACCGCCGCACCGAGAUCAUCGAGGAUCUGGCCUAUUACUCCAGCACGGUCGUCUCUCUGCUGAUGACAUGUGUGGAGAAAGCAGGCAACGACGAGAAGAUGCUCAUCAAGAUCUUCCGGUGCCUGGGGAGCUGGUUCAACCUGGGCGUCCUGGACAGCACCUUCAUGGCAAACAGCAAGUUGCUGUCCCUCCUGUUCGAGGUGCUGCAACAAGACAAGACAUCAUCAAACCUCCACGAAGCCGCUUCGGACUGUGUGUGCUCAGCCCUCUAUGCCAUUGAGAACGUGGAGACCAACCUGCCCCUGGCCCUGCAGCUCUUCCAGGGGGUCCUCACCCUGGAGAGUGCCUAUCACAUGGCUGUAGCACGGGAGGACCUGGACAAGGUGCUCAACUACUGCCGUGUGUUCACCGAGCUCUGCGAGACCUUCCUGGAUAAGAUAGUGUGCACCCCAGGCCAAGGGCUGGGGGACCUGAGGACACUGGAGCUGCUGCUCAUCUGUGCCGGUCACCCGCAGUACGAGGUGAGCCCGGGUUCCUCUCCUCACCAGCUCUCACUGCCCCACAGUUGAGUCAGCAGGAAGGAAACCUUCCU